UGUCUCUAUAUUUCCUUUCGCACAAUUGUCACGCGGCAUACAACCUGCAUCCACUAUAAAUCCUUGUACUUUUUUAAAGCGCAGCCAACGUCGCGAAUUAUGACAGAAAUUAUGGUGACUGUAUUUGGCAGCUAAUAAAUUUACACUUUCUUAGGCGAAAAUUUUUUGUAUUUGUAUACGUCGUUAGCUGAGUCUUAUAAGAUAGUCAAGAAAAAUCUGUUUCUUGCCAUUUCUCCUCCCUUGUCCACGUACAGUUGUCUGUCAAGAAAUCAAUUUUAAUGACAGAAUGUCCCCAAGAUAUUUUACGAGUUCGAUGCCUUCUUUGUUGUCAGAUCCUUGAAUGUAAUCGUGCCGACACCUCAGCCCUCGUCUACCACAUAAGAGAAUACCAUCCUGAAGUCACACUCCAGUCAUCCGAUGAAUUCCAACCAACAUCAGUGAAUCGCCCCCACGUACAGCCGCAGCGUCAUAGGACAGGAAGUAAUGGACACCGAUUCAAUUCCGCAGAGGAUCCUCCAUUUGCAAGCGCCCUAUCUGAACUGAAUACGAGCAUGGUUGAAGACCAGAAAACUCAUAAGCAUUUAGAAAAUGCAGAAGUGUUGAAAAAAGGAAGGACACCAAGUCAAGAAGAAAGAUUCAUCGCUCCUGUAGACAUACCCGGCUUCGGGACAAAGAAGACUCACGUUGAGGAUGAAACGGCGAAAAUGAAUUCUUCAAGAAAAUCUGUCAACAAAACAGGGAUCGGUGACACCAAGGAAACCCAAGUGCUUUACAAACGACAAUAUAAAUUCAAGGAACCCCUAACCAGUCAUCGACCAGGCAAACGAAAACUCUACAAAACCUCCAUUGAAAAGUGGCGUCCUGGCAAAUCAACCAUUGUAUGUCCUGAAUGUGGCGCCAAUAAACGGCCCAUGAUCAAAUCGCAGAUCGAUAAGGUUUCACAUUCACCAAUUGGAGCUGCCUUCAUCCUGACAUGUUGGCCUUUUUGCUUUUUACCAUGCUUAUUCCCUCCGCCUACCAAGGAAUACCUUCAUUGUGCCGUAUGUAACCAUUUUCUGGGCGUGUACGAUCGAAAAACGGAGGUUAUUAAUCCAAAUGAAAAUUCUCUGCAAAGAUCCGUAGGUGGUUCAAGCUCAUCUGGUAUGAAUAAAGCCACAGAACAGAACAAAACAUUGUAACAAUUCAAAUUGUUUUUUCAUAUCUAAUAAAGAUAAAAAAAAAUAAGGA